UGCAAGGUGAGCAGCCACGCCUUUGUUUAUUUGCAAAAACACUUCACGCUACCUUUACCCUUCGUCAACAUGUCUCAGAAAAGAGUCAGUCUUUACCUAAAGGUUCCAAAGAAGCCGGUAAACCUCCUCCAUCAGCUGGAGAACAGUAUGCUGGAGAGCAUGAUCGAGUACAAACCCAUUGAUCCGCACACAGGGAGUCCUUUGGAUGAAUCGCAAGGUGGAGCCUCGUACCAAAUAAGAGGAACUGCAGAUGUUGUCGAUGGAGAACUACUGAUAAGAUUCAAUGCUCGUCAGGCCGGCCUCCACACUGCAAGGAUAUUUGCAAACACUAAAGAGGUCUGCAGGCAGGUUGCAUUUUUCGUCAAGUCCUCGGGAGAGGUUGAGAGCGUUCAGCUACCAAUGGGAGGAGAGCAACUGCUUGACUCUGGUUUAGCUAGCGGGGCUAGUACAGUGAGGGGAGCCGAGACCAAACCAACUAUUACUUCACCACCUUACAGUGUUCCUCAUUCACCAACUGUCAUUCAAUCCCCUCAAACUAUUUCCACCGCCUUCAAGCAAAGCAGUCGUCCACCUUCAUUCUUGUACGAUGAAUCAAUGGGUACUACUGGGAACUAUGCUGGUGAGCUCUUUGGUCGUCCAUCUGGUGCUUCGUUUGAGCAACUGCUAACAGCAAAACAGACCAAUCAAGUUGUGCCUGGGAUACCACACUCAUCCUCCAGGCCGGAUUCAAUGAGUGAGUACCUCACACCAGAGGCACUUCUUCAAAUACACAGAGAAGCAAAGAAAAGUGUAGGGAUAAGCUUUGGACUUAAAGUUAAAAAAAGGUGCGACAUUUGUACUAGAAAAGUAAAGAGCAUCAAGUGUGUUGAAUUCUGGGAGAUGAGUUUCUGUGACGGCUGCUGCAAGAGGAAUUUUAUGCUUAAGAGUGCCCUUGAACACUUCCUGGUCCCAUCAAUUCAAGAAUGCCAAGUCCAAGUGCCACUGAACAAGCGUGAAACGAAAUUUGCUAAAGCAAGGAAAAUCAUGCCAAAUGUUAACUUAAGAGGACUGGAGCCAAAUGAAGUCCGUGAUGCCAUGGUAGAGUUCCACAAAUUUGAUGUGGAAGGGGAUGGGUGGAUGGAUAAAGCAGUACUGCUACCAGUCCUAAAGGCAUGCUUCACUUAUUCACUGCCUGAGCAAGAGAUACGUGCUCUGUUGACUAGCAAAUCACUCUCCUCAAUGAUUCAGACAAUGGGUCUCAAUGAUCGCGAGAAGGUCCACCACAUUGAGUUCCUUGCUCUACUGGCCUUCAUAUCACGAGAGAGGCAGAGGAUAGCGAGGGACAUAAGGUCAAGCAAAAAAUCAAAAUUUACAGCAAACGACCUCGACAUGGCCUACGCAUUUCAGCAACAGUUCCCGCCUGUUGGAGGAGCAAUAGCAGCUGGACAAGUUGCAAAACCACGAAAACAAGUUUCAAUCAAGCCACCGCAAAAACAGAUUGGGGACUUGACGAGGAGCUAUACAGACACUCCUCUUUCAAGUUACCAACCAACGGCAGUCAAGCAGAAGCCAUACAAAGGUUUCAUCUCUGGUAUCAAGACCUCCCCAUCUGUAGAGCUAACUGAUGACCCACCAGCUCAAUUUGAUGAAGAGGAAGAGGAGGAGCCUGAAGAAGAGGCCACGCCUACUGUGCAAGAAGAAACAACCAAUGCACCAAUGACUGGGAAAAAGGAUAAAAAAGCAAAGAUGGAGGAACUUAAAAUAACUGGAGACCAGCGAGCUGAUGGAUGGAUGAUGUACUAAGCUGCCACAAAAAAA